UGGGUAGCCUACUGCACAAUUCAUCAGUCCAAAAAGUGAUUUUAGAAUAUCUGUAGAAGGCUAAGCAAUCUGUACAGACCGAGCAAGCGGAUAUUGUGCAAAGUUCCCAGGGUUUCCACAAUGGAUCGGCUAAGCCAGGGUCUCAGAGCAUCCCUGAGUCCGGCCCAGACUGCAACAGCAUCUUGCUGAUAUGGCCGAGGAAGCACAGCUCAAAGAGCGUGCCCUGAUGAUGACUAUUGAGAAGCUAAUAGAGGAUAUGGCAGAAGUAGAGCAAACCAUUAAAGGUAGUGGGUGAGGAGAAUCAAAGAGAGAGAGAGGAAGGAAGCAGCUAACGAGGCCUCCAGACGCGAUGAGGAUGAGAAGAUUCGUGUAACCCUCUCUCUAAUGGAAGAUGAAAAGAGGAUGCUGACUGAGAAGAUACAGAUGGAUAGACAGAAUUUUGAAUCCCUGGAGAAAGAAUAGUAGUAUAAUAAAUAAUCGCAGAGUGCAUUAAAGUAGAGUCUGAGAAGUGGGCCAGACUGGGCCAAGAGAGAGUGGACAGCACCAUAUCAACAGCGCUGACCGCUGCUGUCAUUAAGCAAAAGUGGCUAAAGGAGCUGAAAGGCCAAGGAUGGAUGGCAGUGUCAGACGGGCCUGCUCAAGAGGUCAGCAACACCAAGUUGUGCCUUAAUGAUGGCCUCCAGUGCCAGAGCCUCAGCAGCCAGGAAGCUGAACAAAUUAUCCUUCGGAACCAGAUGCUCCAGGGAAAGAUCACCGCAAAGUCGGAGAAGAUGGCGCAUCUCAUGGCUGUGGCUGCUAAAAAGGAGGAGAAGAUCAGGGCUGCUGAGCUGAAGAAGAGGAGGCAGCUGGAGGAAAAGACAAGGAAGGAGCUGGAGAAAGUAAACAAGGCCGAGCUGAAGGAAAAGAAAAAGAGGGAAGCGAAGGAGGAGAAGCAGAAAAACUGGAGCGGAAGAGAGCAAAAGAGGAGAGGGCCGAGACAAGACAGCCCAGAUGUUGUUUCUUCUGAAAGUGUUCCAGCCCAAAGGAACUCUAUUCUUAACUUCCUCUUAAUUCUUAGGAUUUCAUAAUAAUAUUUGUUAUUAUAUUAAUUUCGUUAUAAUUC